AUGGCGCCGUACUCGCCACCGACACCGACGACGAAUCCCCAUCCACAUAAACGCGCCAGGCAAACCUCGCCGGACAGAGACUCGCCAAACUCGGGACCUUCAGCUGCCGGAGCAACCUCUCCAAGUGCAGUAGAAACGCCAAGCGAGGGCGCUGGGGCACAUGGCUCAAAGGUCGGCCAAAGCAGUAACUUUCGAAAUGUCAGCGCUUGUAAUCGAUGCCGUCUUCGCAAAAACCGAUGCGACCAGAAUCUGCCGAGUUGCGCCAGUUGUGAGAAAGCCAAGGUCGCUUGCGUCGGAUAUGAUCCCAUCACCAAGAAGGAGAUACCACGAAGCUACGUGUACUACCUCGAGACAAGAGUCGGUCAGCUCGAGGCUCUACUGAAGGCCAACAACAUCCAAUUCCCACCGGCCGAAGAUCUGGAGUACUGUUCACGCCCGGGUGCAGAGAGCGUAGCCGACACGGCACCAAAAGAUGGCAGCUAUCAAGCGUCACCUAGCGCAUCGAAUCGACCCGGGCCAUCAAGGUCGCAGCACAACGGAGACGAGCAGCACAGGUCGAAACAGAUUGCCCGUCACGGCCACGGUGUGGGAGGGGGUAUGGGAGGGCGGUCUCUAGGCUCAACCAACGGCAUAUCUUUUGCUCGCGUUGUCUAUGCCGCUGUUCAGUCCUCCGUCAGCGAUCACAAGUCGCAUUCGGAGAGAGGCGGCAUCAAGCCGUACACCAAGUCGGUGUCUGGCAAUGGCGCAGUUGCUUCAGGUACUUCUAUGAGAGAUUCCUUCUUCGGCUUACAUACGAGGCCAACUAUCAAUCCGGCUGAGUUUCCAAACAAGGACUUGGCUUUCCAUCUGGUCACCAUUUACUUCGAGCAUGCCAAUCCACAAAUACCCAUAUUGCACCGUGUUGAAUUCAUGCAGAUGUUUGAGUUAGCAUACGCCGACGAAGGCAGGAUACGAGGACCAAGAGAACUGUACAUGUUGAAUAUGGUCUUCGCGAUAGGCAAGGGUAUCUUUCAGACUGCUUCGUCCAAGAACUCUGAGGGGCCUCGGUUGCCGAGAGAGGCACAGCCUGAAGAAUAUCAUGCGAGUGCCAUAGUACAUCUCGAGGCCUGCCUCAGUAACAGCGGUGGCGGACUUGAUGAACUACAGGCUGUCCUCCUUUUGGCCAACUUUGCCCUUCUUCGUCCUGUUCCACCAGGUUUAUGGUAUAUUGUUGGUGUGGCUGUACGUCUCGCCGUUGAUCUGGGCCUGUACUUGGAAGACGGCAAGGAGUUGCCCAGUGUUCCAGAGCCCGAUCCAGCAGUAGAUCCCCAGCUUCAGGACACGCAUAUCAGGCAGAGGGGACGACGGCAAUAUGUGCGAGACUUGCGAAGAAGGCUCUGGUGGUGCACUUAUUCUCUGGAUAGACUCGUUAGCACUUGUGUGGGUCGCCCCGUCGGCGUCUCAGAUCAAGUAGUAACAACCGAAUUCCCUACGCUUCUGGAAGAUAGGUAUAUCACCCCAUCGGGUUUCACACGGCCAUUAUCACCAAAUGAGCCUACCUUCAAGCACGUUUCUUAUCAUUAUUUUCGUCUUCGACUCCUCCAAUCUGAGAUCUUGCAAGUUCUCCAGUAUCAGCAGACACAGAUGGCUCGAGCUGGUGGGCAAAAUAAAAAGAACCGUUUCAUGCAUACCCAACUGCCAUCCCCGUUCUUGAACAGAUUCGACUCGUUUAGAUCUUGGCGCAUCGAUAUUGACAAGAGGCUUCACGAUUGGAAGCAGGAAUCUCCGAGCCAACAAGAAUCAGGCGUCAAAUUUUCACCCGAGUUCUAUGACCUCAAUUACUGGCAGGCAGUCAUUCUUCUGUACCGUCAAAGCUUGGAAGUGCCCGAGAUGUUCGAGGGAGAGUAUAACACAUCGAAGGAGGUCAACAGCCCCUCGCUUUACCCACCCGAGACGACAGGUGACGAGGACCGUGUGUACAUGAAGGUAGCUGAAGCCGGCCAAAGAAUUCUUCGAAUCUACCGGCAAUUACAUCUCCAGGGUUUGGUUAAUUUUACCUAUCUUGCAACACAUCAUCUAUUCAUGGCUGGCAUCUCGUACCUCUAUGCCAUUUGGCAUUCGCCCUUGGUGCGAAGUCGCUUGACCAUGGAUGAAGUCGACUUCACCAUCUUGGCGGCAACAUCAGUACUCACUGACUUGAUAGAAAAAUGCCCCCCUGCAGAGGCUUGUCGUGAUGCAUUUGAGCGCACAACAAAGGCCACUGUUAAGAUGGUCCAGCAGACUGGCGGGUUUGGACAACCCCCUCCUACACGUACCAACUCGGCAAGAAACAAUUACGAUUACCUCACAGCACGUGAUGCGUCGGGCAAUAGACAGCGACAUCACCAGCAGAGACGGUCGUUGGACCAGUCGGGACCGCGGUCAUCCCACUCACAAUACGAUAUGGGUGCGACAGAUGCGUACGCAUCGACUCACCGUAUAGGUCAGGUGCCACCCAUCCAAACCAACCCCUUUCCGCUCAACAUGACGAACGUUAAGACUGAACGAGACGGUUACUCAAUGAUACGUGGGAUGCCAGGGUCGAGAAACAACACAGGUAGCAUCCAAGAAGAACCGGAUAACUCUGCCAUUGAUCCUAGUUUGCUGCCUUCACCAAGUGCAGCACAACAUUCUGGCCAGUCUCCGGCGUCAGGAGCCAGCAUGACGCCUGUGUCAGCAAACACCGGUGUCAAUUAUAUACAAUCGCCAACAGCAAUGAAUACCCCUGGUCAACUGAGCUAUUCGGGACUUCAGGAGAUGGAGUUUCUCCAGGGCUUGCAAGGCAAUCAAGGUGUAGAUGGUGAUAUAGGUGGUGAAGGGCAACUAGACUUAAGCGGCCUCGGAUUCGGAUUCGACGGAAUGCAUCAUGAUUUCAAUGACGGACAACAAGUCGACUUGCUCGACGGGUUCUGGUUUGGUGGACAGCAAAAUGGCGGAGCUGGCGGGAUGUAA